UACGGGGUAGAUGUGUAUCUCCUUUCGAAGCAAAGAAAUCUUCUACUUUCAAAGUCUCUCAUAAGAAUGGAUUCAGCAUACAAUAUGUGGAUAAAGAGGGGUCAUCUGGCGACUAUAUUCAAGACAAUUUUGCAAUGGGCGGGGCUACUAUUAAGGGCUCGAAAUGGGAAUUGCUUACAACACUACUGUAAGUAUUGGGAGAAAUCUCCAAAUUCUGAACACGCACAAAGAAAAAAUACUUUGAGACGCUGUUCUAGUUCCCCCGAAACCUUUAUGGGGCAGCCUCUAACUCCCUCGUAGGUUCCAAUGGUGUCAUGGGCAUUGGAUAUAACUUCUCUGAAGCUUCCAACGGCGCCACCGCAUCAUCCUUUAUAUACCCAAGCAUCAUCAAUUCAAUGGUCAACCAGGGCUUGAUCAACUCCAGGGGAUACAGUCUCUACCUGGAUGAUCUUCAAGAAGCCACCGGAUCCAUCAUCUUCGGAGGACUCGACUCGGACAAAUACUACGGAAACCUAGCCCAGCUUCCCAUCAUCCCCGGUACUCUCCUCAACGGAUCCAAAACCUAUGUAUUCCCAGCAGUAGUAAUGUCCGGGUUAACGAUGGUCUCCAGAGCCGGCAAAGAAACGACCUUCGCAGACCUGUACCUCGAGCAAUACCCCGUCGUCCUGGAUUCCGGCUCAACAAUAACAACCCUCGACCCCGUCAUCGGCCAAGAGAUCCUCACAGCAAUCAACGGCGUCGACGACUCCGACACCACCGGCCUCCUGUUCGUCGACUGCUCCCUCCGCAACAGCAUCAGCACAUUCAACUUCGCUUUCGGCGGCACGGCCGCUACACCAAUGGUCACCAUCAGGGUCCCGAUCUCCGAACUCGUGUACAACCUCACCGGUCUCUAUGCUAUCCCUGCCGACAUCACCCUCCCUCGUCUACCGUUCAAAGACGCUUGUGCAUUUGGCAUAAUGUUUAGCCCCGAUGUUCCCUCGCAGUACCCGCCGAUCCUGGGAGAUACCUUUUUGAGGAGCGCGUAUGUGGUCUACGACCUGCAAAACAACCUGAUUGGCAUGGCGCAGACGAAUUUUAAUAGCAGGAAGACGAAUAUCGUGGGAGUUUUUGGCGAAUGCGACUAGCAU